AGGCGCUGUGGUUUGGACUAUAAAACAAGGGAAGUGAGACGUUUUCUGGACAAAUGUGACAUGUUAGAAUUUAACUGCCGAUAUGAAAGAGAAUUCAGAAUUGCAUCAAAUAACAAAUGUGGCCACGUACCUCCAUUGUAAAAUAUUUACCAAAUUGUCAGUAGCAAAGUUCCAGGAGGUUAGUGAAUUAAACGGAAGUUUUGCUAUAAAAUAGACAAUAGUGAAACCGUGGACUAUAAACAAAGUCGUAGUAAUAACCUAGCUAGUUGUUUUAUCGCGACAAUUACUCAUUGGAGUUUGGAAGCGUAUCUCGUAUUAGAAGAAUGACGUUAACAAUUUAUUUAUCAGCUUUACCAGUCCUUCUAUUUGUGGGCUGUUUGUUAUCCGUGGUGGCCCAUGGACCACCUCAAGAUCGCGACAAUGAGGACAUCACUAUGGGGAGGAAGGUAAAAAAUAUGGGACCGAAAUGGUGCAGCAUGGCGAGGGUGUGCAACCAUGACCGUGUGCCGAUUUGUGGCAUCAGCCACGCAGGCGACGUGAUGGGCUUCAGAGAUCUAUGUGACAUGUUCGAUUUCAACUGUAUCAGGAGACGGAAUUACAAGCAAACAGCGUGUCCAGAAGAUAAAUCAAUACUGACUGUGUCACGUCGACCCACAAAUAGUUAUUAUGAUGAUUAAACCUAUACCUAUGUUUGUAUAAUUGAUUUUUAAGUGUAAGCACAAAUCAAAUCAAUAAACAAUGGGAACAAUAUACCCAUUAACAUGUAUGCAACUUUAGGCACAGAUAUCUCGUUUUCUUUCUUUAAUAUGCAUACCUACUACGAAUAUAUACAACUAUAUAACAAUUAAAAUUUAUAAGUAGUAAUAAUAAUACGUAUUUCAUAGUUAUUAUUAAAAAAAAUCCUGCCUUUUAAACUAUUAUUAGGUAUUACAAAUAAUAACCGAUGUAUGAUUCCGGCAUAGAAUGGUCAACCUCUUCUCUUCCCGUGGGUGUCGUAAGAGGCAACUAAGGAUCGAAGGAUGAGCAACAACGACCCUCUUAAAAUGUAACCAAAGCCUAACUGUGGUUGCCAACUCGCCUGUCAAGCGUGGCAACUGCUUGCAAAAUCCUCUUAUGGAGAAGGCCUAUGUUCAACAGUUAUCAGCUGAUAUAAUGCAAUAAUAUAACAUAAUAAUAAUGGCCGUGUGGUCCCGGCAUAGAAUAGUGCCACCUCUUCCUUUCCCGUGGGUGUCGUAAGAGGCGACUAAAGGAGGGCGAGGGAUGGGCAGCAGCAUUCCUAUUAAAACAUCUCUAAAACCUAACUGUUGCCAAUACGCCUGCCAAGCGUGGCAACUACUGGCAAAACCCCACAAGAGGGAAGUUUAUGA